CACAAAACGUGAUGACAUUGGGCUCUACUCUAACGUGGGAGAAUUUUUCAGAAGGAUGCGACUUAAGGAAUACUUCCAUGACAAAGAGAGCACUGAAACCACAAUGGAUUACAACAACCGGAAAAAACCCACUAAUUUCACUCCAGCACCAGGACGAAAUGCCAAACUGGACAGUUACAUUGAAAGUUUCCGUCUAAGAACAGUAUCCUUGACAACCAAGCAAAACCAAAAGAAAAUGUUUCAUAAUCUCUCAGUACAGGAACAAAUGGCUAUAAAUGACCUGAAAAAUAAUCAUGCUAUCACCAUCAAACCAGCAGACAAGGGAGGAGCAGUAGUGAUAAUGAACACCCAGGACUACAUAAAAGAGGGUGACAGGCAAUUGUCAGAUGACAAAUACUAUAGAAAACUAAAUGAAGACCCCACCAAGGAAUAUACAUCACAACUUAGGGAGCUCAUUAAAUCCUUCCCUGAGAACUUACACCUAGAACUGCAAUCACUCAUACCAACUAGUCCCUGCAUGGGCACUUUCUAUAUGCUUCCCAAAAUUCACAAAGCAGGUAAUCCUGGAAGACCCAUAAUUACAGGAAUGGUAACUCUCACAGAACAGAUCUCAGGACUGGUAGAAAAUACCCUAAAACCUCUAGUCACCAACACUAACAGCUUCAUAAAAGACACAACCGACUUCCUCAACAAACUCAGCCAAAUCACCAAUCUCCCUGCUAACACCAUCCCUGUAACCAUGGAUGUGGAAUCUCUAUACAGCAACAUUCCACAUACAGAUGGCAUCAAUACUUGCUUCCAUUUUCUCUCUCAUGUCAACAACCAAAAAUACAGCCUCCGAAUUAUCACAGAACUGGCACUAUUUAUCCUCACACAUAACUACUUCAGUCUCAACAAUGAGGUUUACCUACAAACCAUGGGCAGUGCUAUGGGCACUAAGAUGGCACCCCAAUAUGCUAAUCUGUUUAUGGCAGAUCUUGAACAGAGAUUCCUAGAAAUCCAACACACCAAACCAUACAAAUAUUAUCGCUAUAUCGAUGAUAUCUUCAUAAUUUGGACUGAAAGCGAAGAAAAACUGAUACAGUUCCAUGACUCUUUCCAUCCAUCAAUCAAACUAAAAAUGGAAUAUUCCACUAGAUCUGUGAAUUUUCUGGACACCACUGUGACAUAUAAUAAUGGCACAAUCCACACCUCGGUUUACAGAAAACCCACAGACAGGUGCACACAUCUACACAGCUCCAGCUUCCACCCCUGUCAUACUAAACAGAGCAUCAUUUACAGCCAAGCCACUCGGUACCAUCGCAUAUGCUCUGAUCCUAAUGGCCAUAAUUCCCAUCUAAAUGUACUCUCCCAAUCUAUGAGACAGAAAGGCUACAAACCAAAGACUAUUACCAAACAAAUCAACUCUGCUGUAAAAAUAUCCACACGAGUGCCACUUGUGGUCACCUACAACCCAGCUCUUGAGGAAAUAUGGAAAAUCAUCAAAGAUCUACAACCAAUAUUAACAGAAGAUGAGACUCUGAAAAACAUUUUCCCUGAAACACCCAUUUUGGCCUUCAGACAACCACCAAACCUCCAACAAAAAUUAAUCAACAGGAGGCUGCCCACUGAUGGUAAGAAUGAAGAAAACGGGACCAGUCAAUGCAAAAAACCUCGCUGCAAUCUGUGUCAGCACAUAUGCACAGACAACACAGCCACACACAACAAUAAAACCUACAGCAUUAAAGGUUCAUACUCCUGCACAUCCAGCAAUGUG